CUGCCUUGCUGCUGUAAACUCCAAGGUUAACUUUGCUCAAGACUAGGAAAAAGCUGUGGCAGCUGUGCUCAGGCCAGCUCUGGAAAGCUGGAGUUAAGUGGUUUCUAAGCAGGUGCAGUAGAUCUAUGCAUUGUGGACAUUCACACAAGUCACAGCAGCAUGCAGGAGAACAGCAUGGAUCAGCCCACGUCUUUAUCGCAGCUUCUGCGUGAGAGUUACCUGGCCGAGGCCCGAGCUCAUCACAGACACGGCGAAUCCAGCUGCAUAGACAGCCCUCGCCGCCUGGUGUACGGGACGCUCAAGGAGAAAGCGGACGACACAGAGCCACAGUUCCCGGACCUGUCUGCCUUCCUGAGCCAGGACGAACUGGACAAGAGCGUGGAUCUGGCCUGCAAAGCGUUCAGCAGCGAUCCUCGAGAACGUGAGGAGAGAUCCGACGCACAUCCACCAGUGAGCCACUAUAAUCUUCCUUCCAGCAAACCCACUCCAGAAACAGAGGUCAUUUCAGAAAGACAAACAGUCCAGACUCCCAUCCAAGAUAAUGCGAUCAGGAACGUCAGAAGUGCUAGGGAGCCUGCGGCGGAUUUCAAAAGACCUCAGAGAAACGCUCCAUAUGGCUUGGAGACCCAAUCCAAGAAGGAGUUCCUCAACAAAGCAGCUGACUUCAUAGAAGAGCUUUCGUCUCUGUUUAAAGCCAGCAGCUCCAAGCGAAUUCGGCCUCGUGCUUGCAAAACCCACCGGAGCCGAUUCCAGAACAAAACCCAGCUUGAUGGCACUUCGUACUCCAUUGAUGCAGAAGAUCGAGAAAGACCUAUUCUGCUCAACCAGCAGAUGGAGGAGCCGAUGGAGAAGAGUGGAGUCACGGAGGAGCCUCAGGAGCCGGCUCUGAUUCAGACUGAGAGCUCGGAGGAACCCGUGUGUGAACCUCCACACUUCAUACAGAAACUCAAAAGCAGGGAGGUUCCUGAGGGCAGUAAAGUCCAGUUGGAUUGUAUCGUCAGAGGACUGCCUGCUCCUGAAGUUCGGUGGUUUUGUGAGGGUAAAGAGUUGGAAAACAGUCCUGAUAUUCAGAUCAUCGCUAAUGGUGAGCGACACACUCUGAUCAUAGCAGAGGCGUUUGAAGAAGACACGGGCAGAUACUCGUGCUUUGCCUCCAAUUUUUAUGGCACAGACUCCACCUCAGCAGAAAUCUACAUUGAGGGAGCAUCUUCGUCAGAUUCUGACGAAGAAAAACAUUUUCAAGCAGAACUUCAUGAAAGAUCUCCUCAGCCCAAACCUGCUGUGGUCUUGGCAGAACCCAACACAUCUGCUGAAGACACCACACCAACUAUAACAACCACCUUCGCUGAACCACCAGCACAUUCUGACACCGAAGCAGUGCCACUGACUGAGCUGAUUGCUGACCCAAGCUCUAAGCAGGAAGAUACAGAACUUCUGAGUUCCAAGGUUGUCAGCUCUGAAAUACCUGUACUAGAACCAAACAUUUCUGUAGUAGAACCAACCAUACCUGUACUAGAACCAUCAAUGCCAAUAUCUGAGGUGGAACCCACUCCACCAAUUCCUCCACUGACCAUUGCCCCACCAUCACCUCCAUCCAGCCAAAGUAUCUCCGAUGUACUGUUAACAUCUCAACAGAGCAUUUCUGAGACUCUAAAUGGCAGCAGUAGUUAUCUUCAAAGCUUCGAUGUAAGGCCCAUGAUGGCAGCUCCUGUUUUUACGAAGAACCUCCAGGAUGUCCUGGCUGUAGAGAGUCAGUUGGUAGUUCUCGAGUGCAGAGUAAAAGGCAUUCCCUCCCCUAAAGUGGACUGGUACCGGGAGGGAACACUUAUUGAAGAUUCCCCAGACUUCAGAAUCCUUCAGAAGAAACCAAGAUCCAUGGCUGAAUCUGAGGAGAUAUGUACUUUGGUUAUUGCGGAGGUCUUUCCAGAGGAUUCUGGAACAUUUACUUGCAUAGCCAGCAAUAAAUAUGGCACAGUUUCCAGUACUGCGGUAUUGAGAGUAAAAGGACACAAUAAUAACAGCACCAAUCCUAAAACAACAAGCACUUUAACAGUGGAAUCCUCCCUCCAAAAGGUUCCGGCAACAGAACUGAUGUCAACAACUUUAAAGCAUAAACCAGAUGUUCCUCUGGUAAACAACAAGCUUCACUCAAGUAUGAUUUGCCUUGACCCUUUGAGAUCUGGAUUUAAGCAUUCAGACCUUCAUGACUCUGGAACGCCUCGCUCAGAUUCCCUAAAUCCUAGUACCCUUCGCCAUGAUCUCACCACUAGCCUACCUAGUCUAAACCAUCUCAGCAUUGGAAAAUACAGCUCAGAUACUUUAAGGACUAGUUUACCUCAGCUAGACCCACUCAGCUUCAGUUUUUCUUCACUGAACUCAGACUCAAACCAUAAGCCUCUCAGCUCUAGCACAACACACUUUGAUUCAGGAGGGUCCGGUUUUAAGCCUUCCACAGAAGUGACCCAACGUCCACCAAACGGAUCAGCCUCCAGCAUCACUAUGAGCUCUGAUGCAUCGGUAGAACCAUUACCAAAUGGUUCAAAACCAACCUCCAGCCCUUCUGUUACUAGUUUCCCACCAGUAAACUGCAGUAACCAUCAAGAGCGACCAACUGUUAAACCCAUACCAGAUCCCCCAACUUCUUGCCUCAAGACAAGACCCGAGGGUGUAUUAGGGAAUCACAACGAAUCCCGCUCUAGUUCCCAGGUUGGCCUCCGUGUAACCUUUAAACUCCUGGAAGAUGAAGACGAGGAGGAGAAAGGAAUGUCAUCUAAAGAACCACCACCAGUGUUGGCUAAACCAAAAUUAGACCCAGUGCAGCUUCAGAUCCUCCACAACCAGGUGCUUUUGGAACAGCGGCAGGAAGAUGCCUCCCCAAGCCAAGAUUCACCACAUUUAGACAGGACAAGUUGUGAGCCAUCGCCUGUCAAGCCAACUCACCCUCCUGCAAAUUCAGUUCCAUCCCAACUCCAACCACCUCCUCUUGUAAUGAACUCUGCUCCAAUUCCACUGCAGAUCCCUGCAUCUGUCCCUCUACUUCCUACAGCACCUGCUCCCAUAUUAAAAGCUGUACCUGUAUCCCAAUUGAGCAUGCCUUUAACCAAUUCCAUGCCCUUGCCCCAACUUACUCCAUCAGCCACAACCUUACACAACCACCUUCCAAUACCUCAACAAAAUCUGGUUCCUACUAUUUUAAAUACUGUUCCACUGGGUAUAGUUCCCUCUAACCUACUAACCCAACCGAAUGUGGUGCCCACUCCUCCUCAGCUGAAUUUGGGGCCAAUCUCACCCAGUGUGGCUCCAGUUACCCCUAUGCCAAGUGUGAUCCCAACAAUCCCAAUAACUCAACCAGGAGGAGCUCCCAACAUCCCUAUGCCUAUAAAUUUGGGACCUUCUGCACAGUUUCCUCAACUUUUCAUGGCUCCAACCACCCAACCAAACCCCAACCAUGUGGCCAAUGUUCCACCCGUUACUUCUUCCACUCAUAUUUCACAAAUAAACAUGAAUCCAACCAUGCAGAUAUACUCCGUUCCCAUUAGUGACACGAGUGUUGCCAGAACACAGGCACUGAUGUCACCUAAUGCAUCAGUGGUGAACAACACUGGACCAAAGUUAAAUACCACCACAAGUUCUCAUCCCAGCAUGGCUCCACAAGACACACAUUCUCAAGGUGUGUCGUAUCCACCCCUGAGUAAAAUCACCUCACCACAUCAAGUGAGAAAUCAACCUGCACCCAUCCCGAGUCCAAUGUCUCCACCUCCGUUGAUUGACACCCAGCCUCCACUUCCCGGGAUUAUUCCGAUCUCCACCCAGAGCUUCACCUACACAAGGCCGAAGGAGUUCAUUGCAGCCCAGAUGCUCUCUCCUAUCAGGAGUCCUUCCCCAACCGAGUCUCCUCUUCCAAUGCUCCAUGAAUUAGCUGCACAGAUAUUCCCGAAGUCGACACGAAUGCUCACGUCGCCCGUCAACCAGUCAUCUCCGUCCCCAAGAAAGUUCCCAACAAGAGUUCUGGAGUGUCCAAGCAGCCCACCAUAUGUGUCCUCACCACCUCUACUGCCUCCUGGGCUGGUGAAUUCACUGUUUUCUUUUAGAACUCAGUCACCCCCACAAGCUUCUUCACCAACGUCUAGCAGCUCCACUCCUAGCCCCAUCCAAAAUCCAGUGGCCUUCCUUAGUUCAGUCUUUCCUUCACUUCCAAUAUCUCCUCCGACCAAUGCCAUGGGCCUGCCGAAGAGGGCCCCACCUGGGCCUCAAGGUGCACUAAAGAAGAAUCAAAGAGGUUCCAGACUCAUGUCUGAUGAUGACAUCCGCGAGAGCAAGGAAACACUGUUACAAGAUAUUGAGAAGAAAUUGCAAUUUAAAGAUGAACAGCUUCGUUUUGGACAACAGAAACAGAGUUAUGGGGGGGACGUGAGCCGCCCGCUCGGACCAAACAUUCCCACCGCAACUGUCAUUAACUAUGACGAGGAAUACAAGGUGUCGAGCUUUGAGCAGAGGCUACUGAGUGAGAUCGAGUUUCAUUUGGAAAGAACUCCAGUUGAAGAGUCGGACGAUGAAGUUCAGCACGAUGAAAUUCCCUCUGGAAAAUGCAUCGCGCCUAUCUUCGACAAGAAACUGAAGCACUUCAGGGCUGUGGAAGGGAUUCCUGUCACAUUUACCUGUAAAGUUGUUGGAAUUCCAAUUCCUAAAGUUUACUGGUUUAAGGAUGGAAAGCAGAUUUUGAAGAAAAACGUGCACUAUAAGAAGAUCAGAGAGGGUGAUGGGACGUGUUCAUUACACAUAGAAGCCGUCACAAGUGACGAUGACGGCAAUUAUACAGUCAUGGCAGUGAAUCCACAGGGCAGAAUAAGUUGCUCUGGCCAUUUGAUUGUCCAAACGGGUCCCGUGCGAAACCGUCCCAUGGUUCACUCGCAGAGAGUCCGAGCACGUGUACAGGAAGUGGAGGGCGAGCCGGCUCAAGAGCGCUGCUUUCGUCCGCACUUCCUGCAGGCUCCGGGAGACAUGUCGGCUCAUGAGGGACGCCUCUGUAGGUUAGACUGCAAGGUGAGUGGGUUACCUCAUCCUGAAAUCAUGUGGCUUCUUAACGGGAAGCCCAUAUAUCCAGACCUCACUCACCGAAUGCUCGUGAGAGAAAACGGGAUCCAUUCUCUGGCUAUUGACUCUCUGACUCAAGCCGAUGACGGGACGUACACCUGCAUCGCCUCAAAUAAAGCGGGACAGAGUUCAUUCGGCCUCGAGCUCAGAGUAGUGGAAAAAGAGCUGAAGCAGGCGCCGCAUUUCGUGGAAAAGCUGCAGAACACGGGCAUCGCCGAGGGCUCCCCGGUGCGUCUGGGCUGCAGGGUUGUGGGAAUGCCACAGCCGCUCAUCUUCUGGAAGAAAGACAAUGACACAAUCCCUCACUCGAAGGACAGAGUCAGCAUGCAUCAGGACACGACAGGUUAUGUUUGUCUACUGAUUCAACCGACCAGAAAGGAAGAUGCUGGCUGGUACACGGUGUCUGCAAAAAAUGAAGCAGGAAUCAUAUCAUGCACAGCAAGACUAGACAUAUACGCUCAGUGGUAUCAGCACGUUCAUGCACCGAUGAAGAAAACGCAGCUCAGCGGGAGUCGAUACGCUGCUCUCACCGGCCAGGGUCUGGAUAUAAAGUCAGCAUUUUCCAUGAGCGACAACGGCCCCGUCAUAUUCUCUGCCUCCCAACCAGAGCGAAGGGUAGAAAGUGAGGAGCUGUAGAUGCUUGCAGGUUAAUGAUGGUGCACAGAGGAUUUAAAGACACGUUGUGUUGAGUGGUUGGAGUAACAAUCUAAAAGCAAACAAGGAUCUGAUGUUUCUGCACUCAUUUGUAGUUGUAUGUGUCUUUACACGGGCCUAUCAUUUAAAGGAAUAGUUCAGCCAAAUAUGAAAAAGGGCUAAAAAUCUGCUC